UUGACAGCAGAAGAGCAAGAAAACCUUAUUCAAAUUAGAAGAAAAAAGGCACAGAUAUUAUUGGAGAUUGAGCAAUUGAAAGAUGAAAUCGCUGAUGUCGUAUCUCAGAUUGACAACUUGGAAGUGUUGUGCGAUGAAAAGAGUAACCCAAGAAAGAAACAUUUAUCGACUGGUCGCAAGAAAUUCAACAUGGACCCCAAAAAAGGUAUAGAAUACUUGAUUGAACACGAGCUACUGCAGAACACAGCUGAUGAUGUGGCACAGUUUCUCUUCAAAGGUGAGGGACUCAACAAGACCGCCAUCGGGGAUUAUCUCGGGGAGAAGAACGACUUCAACAUCGAUGUACUGAAGUCCUUUGUCAACCUGCAUGAAUUUUCUGACACGAUACUUGUGCAGGCAUUGAGACAAUUCCUAUGGAGUUUUAGACUUCCUGGAGAGGCACAGAAAAUAGACAGAAUGAUGGAAUGUUUUGCCCAGAGGUACUGCGAACUCAAUCCACAAGUCUUCAGCUGUACAGACACCUGCUUCGUCCUGUCGUUCUCCAUCAUCAUGCUGAACACGAGUCUGCACAACCCCAGUGUCAAGGAGAAGAUGACGGUUGAUCGGUUCAUCACCAUGAACAGGGGCAUUGACAAUGGCAAAGAUUUACCUCAAGAACUUCUCGCAAAUUUGUACGAUAGCAUCAAAAAAGAGCCCUUCAAAAUCCCGGAAGACGAUGGCAACGACCUUAUGCACACUUUCUUCAACCCUGUUAAAGAAGGCUGGCUCUGGAAACAAGGUGGAAGGUACAAGUCAUGGAAAAGACGCUGGUUCAUAUUGAAUGACAACUGCCUCUACUACUUCCAAUACACUACUGACAAAGAACCAAAAGGUAUCAUUCCUCUUGAGAGGGUACAAGUUCGAGACGUGAUGGACAAGGGCAAGACCCACUGUUUCGAGUUGUACUCAACCAGUAAUGACGUCAUCAAGGCGUGCAAGACUGAUGCUGAAGGAAAAGUUAUUGAAGGUUCACACAAUGUUUACCGUAUGUCAGCUUCAACUGGAGAGGAAAAGGCUGAAUGGGUAAAUGCAAUCAAGUUAGUAUAUCAUUCAUUCAAUCAAUUAAUCAAUCAAUUAAUCAAUUAG